AUGAUUCCCUUGUCAAGCUUUUUUUGUAUUAUUUUUGCCGUUGCAUCAUUCUAUGGUGUUUCUGCAGAGAUUGUGAAAUAUACUGUCACUUUUGAUCCGUGUGUUCAGAACGCAACUUGUCCUCAAGGAAAUCCAGCUAAAUUCAAUCACACUUUCGCUUUGAAUGGUACCCUCAGUCCAAAACUGAAUUUGACCGUUGGAGAUCGAUUACAAUUUAAUUUAGCUGUAAAUGUUUCAAUUCAUCCGUUAACAAUCUGCCAAAAUAGCCCCAUACCCCAAUUCUGCCAAGGGGUGAAUGGUACUGAUGAACUUAAUAUUCCAAUUACUCAAGCAGGCGAAACAACUUCCGUUACUUUCAUUGCUGUUGGUACUUACUAUUAUGGGUGUAAUUAUCAUCCGGGAAUGGGUGCCUUAAUUAAUGUCACCAGCUCAACUAUUGUCAAGUCAUCACGUUCACGUGUAAAUACUCGUACUGGACAUAAAUUACGUAUACCCUUCUAA